AUGACUUUCGCUGCGUUCCGCAAGAAACUCGAGAAGGAGAAAGCAUCUAUCGACGCCAGGCUCAAGACAGGCGUCAAGGAGCAACUAGAGGCUACUCGUGAUGGACUGCGGAAGCUACUAGGUACUCGUACGAACGUUCAAGCAAUCAAGGACGAGAUGGCAACUAUCGACGGCUUGUGCAAGAAUCCGCAGAACACCAUAUCGACGUUUGACCAGAUCGCGCGGGUCUCGAUGGUUCAUCGUAAUUUCGAGCAAGUAGAGGAGAUGGUAAAUAACCUUACGGAAAUGCAUGACAAACUAGACAUGCUCGAAGGGAUGCUUAAUGCUGAUAGACAAGAUAUCACUGGACCUGCUCGCAAUCUCCUUAUACUCCAUAUCCACCUCACUCAGCUGGAGAAUUUCAGGAAUCAGACCCUGCAUCAGGCAAAGAAGGCUACUACGGAUUCUCGCGCCAUCUUGAAUCGUUGGUUUGAGCGUCUCAACAAGUUCGUGGCGAACUUUGAAGAAUACUUUGCUGAUCUUAGUCGCAAUAUUUUGCCUAUUGUCCGAGCUGGUCACUCGGAGGUUGUCGUUAAGCUGGUAAAAAUAGCAGAGAUUGAGGGAAAGGAGGAUGAAAAGGCCAUAGCCAUUCGUCUGGUUAAGAAGGCGGCCAAAAUGGAUGCUGCAUCAAAAUUCAGAUCUCUGCAGGCUAAUGCUCGAGUCAUCAAGCACUACAGAUCAAAGCUAACAAAAAAUGUAACGGACUCGAUCAAGGCAUCCUUUGAAGAGGCAUAUCGGGCGGAUGAGGAAGACCCAGCGGCAUUUGUAGAGAACUUAAACGGGUGGAUGUACAAGGACCUCGUACGAAUCGAGAACGAUGUCGUUCCCUGCUUUCCGCAGAGCUGGGAUAUCCAUUCCUUAUACAUCCGCGAAUAUCAUAAAGCUCUGAACGAUUCAUUGAAGAAAAUUGUCGCCUCAAAACCUGAUCCACCCGUUCUACUUAUUAUUCACGGCUGGUUGAAGGAACACAAAAAGAACAUGAAGGAACUCGGUGUACCACCCGAAUGGCUCGAACCACCGUUGUUGGGAGGCAAUGAACAAAGUCUUAUCGAGGAUUAUCUACAAACAAUUAUCAGUAAGCUCGACGAAUGGACUGAUAACCUCAUGGCUGCGGAGAAGAAGACGUUUAUCACUCGUUCUGAUCCGCCUGAGGUCGAUGCGGACGGGCUCUACGGUAUGCAGGGUGCCGUCGACUUAUUCCAGAUGGUCAAUCAGCAGGUCGACCUGGCCAUGGAAAGUGGGCAAGGCGGGAUCCUUGCUCGUGUUGUCACAGAAAGCGCACGCGCCAUGCGUGGUACACAGGAACAAUGGGUACGUCUUGUCGAAACAGAGUACAAGAAACAAGUCGAGAAGCCCGACGAAGUUGCUGGUGGACUGGGCGAGUACUGUAUCGCUCUCGCAAACGACCAAAUCAAGUGCGCAGACUACGCGGAAGCUCUAUCUGGACGUCUAGAACCGCUUGUAUCAGAGAAGUACAAGGUCGUGAUUGUCGAGCGGCUGAAUGAUGCGAUAGAUGGAUACCUUGAUGUUGCGAAGAAGUGCACACAGACGUUGAUUGAUAUCGUUUUCAAUGACCUCAAACCUGCAUUAAAGCAGCUGUUCCAGCCAGCAUGGUACGACGGUAACGUGGGACAAAUUAUCGAGACAAUGCGGGAUUACAUGUCGGACUACCAACAAUAUCUCAACUCAGCAAUCCUAGAGCUCCUUGUCGAGGACCUAUUAGAUGCGUUCCUCGUCGCCUACCUGACCGGGCUUGGGAACGCAACGAAGUUACGCAUGCCAGCAGCAACAGAUCGGAUUCGGGACGAUGUCAGCCUCGCGUUCAAAUUUUUCAGCACGUUGAAGCCAGCAAAGGAGCUCGAAGCUCACUUCGAAGUUGUCGAGCUUGUUCUUGCGCUCCUCGAGGCAUCCAAGAGUCUCGUCUUUCUUUCAUUCUGGGAGUUCGCGAAGGUGCAUGGACCGAAUAUACCUUUCGUCGAGGGUCUCAUGAAGGCACGCGAUGAUCUCGACCGUACGGCGGUCAGUGAAGUUAUGGAGAGCGUGAAACGCAAGGUAAAGGAAGAAGGCCUUACAGAUCCACCUGAGCCUACUAUUAUGAAGAAGAUCGCCAUCCAGGGAACAUUUGCGCGGCUACUUCGCACUGCGGCAUCGUAGUGUGAAUGUUGUUGAUAUUUGUUAUUCUCGUCAUUCUUCGCGCCUGUGUUCGUUUUCCGGGACAUUGAGUUUUAUUCUUCGUUACCCACGUAUUUAUUCUGACAUUUGUCUUUGUGGAACUGUAUCGACUACCCGUAAUUGUAUUUAUACAUCUUAACAUUAGAUGCUUUCAGUUUCGCUUCGUGUACUUCGGCUUCAUACCUUCAAUCUGUUUUGGUCUUGCUUUCGUCCGACUUCGAGCGGUCUGGAAGCCUCUUGGCGGUCUCAUCGAUCUUCUUGAAUUGGAACGGAAAUCGAGAAGGAUAUAGGAACGGGCGCAGAUCAAAUCC